GUAGAAAAUCGAAUGCGAUCCUGAACCGGCAAAUUCGGAGCCCAUCCACAAAGCAGGCACGUUGCCGACGACUGCGGUCCCGCUCCCACGUGCCGCCCUUUCACUUCCUCCACGUCCCCACACGUGUCUCCACCCCCACCGUGCCCCUUCUUCCUAUUCUCGUCCUAUUUUAAACGAUCAAAGCGGCCGUACGCCAUUCAAUCGUGUUCCUUCAUGGCCUCCGGGACUCUCAAACACCGGCCACCGGUGAAGGACGAACUGGCCACCGCCACUACCGAUUCGUCCACCGUCCCCGAGAAGACGAAAGACCAAAAGCUGGCCUUGGCCAGGCGCGGCCUCCGCUCCCUGGCCGUGGCCGUCGCCAUCCCGACCGUCGCCACCGCCGCCUCCAUCUCGGCGGCAGCGUCACCGUCGCGGACUCUGCCGGUGUGGGCCUUCCACGUGGGCUCGAUCCUCGUGUCCGGGCUGCUGGGCCUCUCGGCCUGGCUGGUGUGGGCGAAGGGCGGGUUCCACGGGCGGAGCGAGGCGCUGCCGCUGUACCUGGCGGAGCUGGUGAUGGAGCUGCUGUGGGCUCCGCUGCUCUUCGGCUGCGGGCCCUCGAGGUCGGCCAUGGCGGUGUGCGCGGCCCACUUCGUGGUGCUCUUCCUGCUGGGGCAGUGCUUCAGCCACGUCAACCCCGUCGCCGCCGACCUCAUCAAGCCCUACCUCGCAUGGGUAUCCUUCCUGGCCGUCGUUAACUUCCUGCUCCUCUGAGAUGUUCCCGAGAGUUCGUUUGUACGAAUGUAAACAAAUCUAGCGUCUUCUACUUUACUUUGUGCCAAUUAGAAGAGUCCUACUGUGUGAAGGGUAAUUAUAUAUAUGGUUAUUAGGAAAUGUAAACGUCCUUGCGAUGUUUUUUAAGAUCUAGUUUGUGUACUAAACCAAUUAAAGAUAUAGAUAAUUAUCUUAUACAUAAA